AUGCACCCACGAACAACCCAAAAGCGUACAAACCCAAGCCACGUCGUCUCCACUGAGUUUCCUCUCCAACAUAUGUCGGCACUGCAUUCCGAACAGGAUCGCUGGUUUUCCUUCCUAUCCAGAAGACCCAUCGCGAAUCCUACUGAAGAAGAGCUUAUCUUUGCUAACUACACGAAUGCUUGGGAAGAGUAA